CCGUGGACUUGCCAGAUUGCUCAAAGUUGCGCGUCGCGACGGGACUCGCAUGACGUUGAAUAGUAUUCAGAUUCAAUCGGUUGCGUCGCGAGCUACACAACCGUGUCAAACUUCGCAGCAAUUUGAGAAGUUAACGUCGCGGAUUCGCGAGUGUUGGCGAGUUGGAGCGAUGAAGAAGCCCGGGAGCGGUGGUAUGAUUUUGGAAUCCCGGAACGAAAUUGGAGGCUCGGAGGUUUAGCGGGGAUUGACGGAAGAGCUGGCAGGGGGCGAGAAGGGAGGUGAUCGGCGAUGGCGCUCUCGGGGAUGAGAGGACUCUCUGUGUUUAUCAGCGACGUGCGGAAUUGUCAGAAUAAGGAACAGGAGCGGGUGCGUGUUGACAAGGAGCUUGCUAACAUUCGGACGCGCUUCAAGAACGAGCGGGGCUUGUCUGUUUACGAGAAAAAGAAAUAUGUCUGGAAGAUACUGUACAUAUACAUGCUUGGGUACGAUGUUGAUUUCGGUCACAUGGAAACAAUGGCACUCAUUUCAGCUCCAAAAUAUGCAGAAAAGCAGGUUGGCUACAUUGUGACAUCUUGUCUCCUCAAUGAAAACCACAAUUUUUUGCAAUUGGUCAUCAACACUGUUCGUAACGACAUCGUUGGGCGAAAUGAGACCUUCCGAUGUCUCGCCUUAACAAUGGUGGGUAAUAUUGGUGGUAGGGAGUUUUCAGAAUCCCUGGCUCCAGAUGUACAGAAGUUGCUGAUGUCGAGCUCAUGUAGACCCAUUGUGCGCAAAAAAGCAGCUCUGUGCAUGCUUCGCCUCUAUCGCAAGAAUCCCGACGUAGUUAAUACCGAUGGCUGGCCGGAAUGCAUGGCGCAUUUGCUGAACGAACGAGACCUUGGGGUUUUGAUAGCUGUCAUGAGCUUGUUAGUGGCGUUAGUGGCCAACACUCCCGAGGCGUACUGGAAUUGUGUACCGAAGUGUGUGCAAAUUCUGGAACGAUUGACUAGGGGUCAAGAUGUUCCGCAAGAUUAUACAUAUUAUGGCAUCCCCUCUCCCUGGCUUCAGGUUAAAACAAUGCGAGUGUUGCAAUAUUUUCCUUCAAUUGAAGAUCCUAGCAUCAGGAAGUCUCUGCUUAAUGUUCUACAAACAAUCUUGUUGCGUACAGAUGUUGUGAAAAACAUUAAUAAAAACAAUGCAUCUCAUGCUGUUCUCUUUGAGGCACUUUCUUUGGUGAUGCACUUGGAUGCCGAAAAGGAUUUGAUGUCUCAGUGCAUAGUGUUACUGGGCAAAUUUGUCUGUGUCCGGGAGCCAAAUAUUCGUUACUUGGGUCUGGAAAACAUGACAAGAAUGUUACUAGUAGCAGAUGUGGUGGACACCAUCAGGAAGUAUCAAGCUCAAAUUAUUGCAUCGUUGAAAGACCCAGAUAAUAGCAUUCGGAGGCGCUCUCUGGACUUGCUAUACGCCAUGUGUGAUGUCAGCAAUGCCAAAAAUAUUGUGGAAGAGCUUUUACAGUAUUUGACAACUGCUGAUUUUGGGAUUCGGGAAGAGCUCGCUUUGAAAGCUGCCAUUCUGUCAGAGAAGUUUGCCCCAGAUUUGUCUUGGUAUGUGGAUGCUGUACUGCGGCUUAUUGACAAAGCUGGUGAUUUCGUUAGUGAUGAUAUAUGGUAUCGAGUGGUCCAGGUUGUGACCAACAAUGACGAUCUGCAGGCUUAUGCUGCUGAGAAGGCACGUAAUUACUUGGAUAAGCCUGCUGUGCAUGAAACUAUGGUGAAGGUUUCAGGAUAUUUAUUAGGAGAAUAUAGUCAUCUUCUAGCUCGGCGACCUGGUUGCAGCUCUAAGGAGAUUUUCCAUAUCAUAAAGGAAAAAAUUUCAGCAGUCACAACUGUUACCAAGGCCAUUCUUCUUUCAGCUUGUGUGAAGGUUUUGAUGCACUGUCAACCUCCUAACCAGGAACUGUUUGAGCAGGCCACUGCAACAUUUAGAAGAUAUGAAAAUUCAGUGGAUGCUGAGGUGCAACAGAGAGCGGUGGAGUUUCUUGCACUGAGUCGCAACGGACUAGCUAUGGUGGACAUCAUGGCGGAAAUGCCUAAGUUUCCUGAGCGCCAGUCAGCUUUAUUGAAGAAAGCAGUGGACACAGAUGGGGAUGCUCCUGAAGUUAGUGCAACCAAGUUGCGAUUGCAGCAGCAGAAUUCAAUGGCCUUGGUAGUGGCAGAUCGGCGGCCUCCCAAUGGUGACCUUCAUCUUCUUUCUGUAACAGAAGCGGGUGCUUCAAACCAAUACCCAAAACACGCAGCAGUUGCUGAGUCUCAGGCAUCAGAAGUACCACAUUCCUCACAAUCACAAGUACAUUCUAAUGGAGCAACCCAACAGCACGCUUCUGGGACACCUCACGGUGACUUGUUAGGUGACCUUAUUGGCACACUUGCUAUAGAUGCACCUCCUGCUGAACCAACUACAGGUCCAAGUGAUUCACAGGCACUGGAGGCUCCUCCCAAAUCACCUGCUAUAUCAGCUGCCUCUGCAGACUCCCUUGCGUUGGUCGUACUUGACGCAGCUCCCACACAGGUCCAACCUCUUAAAAGUGUUUCGGAAUGGUUCAGAGAGCUGUCCGUGAAAGACAGUGGUGUAUUAUAUGAAGAUCCUUAUGUACAGAUUGGUUUAAAGGCGGAGUGGCGUAACGCCCAAGGCAGAAUGGUUCUUUUCUUUGGUAAUAAAUUUACGGCACCAUUAAGGAAUGUCAGAGGUUCAGUAUUAUCACCACCUCAUAUAAGAACACGAUCAGCAGUUGUACCAGAGACUAUUCCUCCAAGAGCACAGGUUCAAGUUCCAGUUGAUGUGGCAUGUAUAGGUGCAAGCAGAGAAACCGCAGUUCUUGAUUUCAGCUAUAAUGUUGAGUAUACACCUGUGAAGGUGCAAUUAAAAUUGCCGACUUUGUUGAACAAAUUUUUGCAAAUUGCUCCCGUAUCGGCUAACGAGUUUGUAGCCUGGUGGAGGGCACUUGGGGGUCCACCAUCAAAAAUUCAAGAAGUGGUCCGUGGUGUAAGGCCUAUGCCUCUCACGGAUAUGGCAGACCUCUUCAUCCGUCUGCAUGUUGGUGUUUUACCUGGCCUCGAUCCGAACGUCAACAAUAUUGUUGCUGCAACAACUUUCUAUUCUGGAACUGCAGCCACUUUGUGCUUGGUACGAGUUGAAACAGAUCCCUUGGACAGAACACAGAUGAGAUUAACAGUUGCUUCAGAAGUGCCCAAUACAACAUAUGAGCUGAAGGAACUCAUGAAGGAGCAACUAGUGGACAUCCCGUCAUUAGCACAACCAUCACGAACUUCAGCAUCAUCACUUGCUGCAAUGGGUUUGACAGCACCUGCUGCUGCUCUGGCAGGUCUUAUUUAAGACUCAUGCUCCAGUUCGUAAAUUCGCUUGUUUUACACAAACUUGGGAUGCAGAGGAUUGAUCUUACAGCUUCCUGCAUUGCAUUGCCUAUGCAAUACUCGGUGCAACAGUUCACGACACGCCCCUCCUCAUUCAUUACACUAAUACACCAUUUUCUCGUCGAUCCUCUUCAUCGAUUUGUGAGGGAGACGGUUUGGAGGUGAUUUAACCUAAUGCAUCACGCAUAGGUUUGUACCACCUAGCAUUGCUUGAUGCAUAGGUUCUGAAGGUGCAUCAGCAGGGUUGUAAGUAGUCGAAGGAUAGCUGAUGUUUUUAUGAAUAUGGGAUCGGCAUCCAAGUGUUGCUGUCGCCGGCAAAACAACUUUGGUGUGGCACUUGUUAAAAGCAUGAUGGAGAUUGUUAGUGUGAAAUAUUAGAUAGAUGCAUCAUUUUUACACUGAAAUUUCUCACACCUGGUUUUAGCUUUUUAUAACAUUUCUUAGUGUUUUUUGUUUAAGUGUUACGUGAUGUAAAACAAUAUUUUAAAAUGGGUGCUUCAUUAUCGUUAAUGGUGGCAAUGUCACGCAUGACGAAGUUGCGUUAUAGUCUA